AUGCAGCGCUCGUUCUGCAUAUAUUAUGUUCAUGACGCAGCUGCAAAAAAAUGUUCAUGCAAAAACUGCAUUGAACUUUAUAAGACGAGACGGCGGAUUCGUGCCUAGGCUCCGUCUAAGUCUACACUGCACGAGCUGCCGGAGUAAAAGAGCUACCAGGGGGCAUAACCGGGGGGGGGAGAGAAAAGGUGAUUAAAUAUUAAUAAGAGGUGUCCCUUUUCUUUAAGGCGCCCUUCUCUUUUAUCCAUGCAACCCCCUCCCCCCCGCUCCCUCCGUUACUAUUAUUAUUAUCGCUGUGUUCUCCCGGUGCCCGGCCAGUAGCAGAGCCCUGAGGUGAAUUAGUAAUGAGGCGCCCAGUGUAACACCGCCAUAACCUACGGCUGCACAAUGUGUCCCUCCGCCGCUACCCGGACUCCGCUUCCUCCCGUCCUACAAAACGUUUUCCUGUGAGCUGAAAUGGAAGUUACAGGACUUGUGUGCCUGCAAAGACAUAUGCCAGUUACAUCAUCCAAAUAUUUUUAUAGCAUGCAGAAGGUGUGAGUAACAUCUAUUCCAUUAUCACUAUGGAUGCUGGAACACUCCAACAACAUGAGUCGCCUCUCACAGUCAAUGAACAGGUGAUUGUCAUGUCUGGGCAUGAGACUAUUAGGGUGCUUGAAGUAGGCGUGGAUGCCCCUUCGCAAUCUGAGGAGAAUGGAAAGCCUUUGGACCUUCCAGUUUCUGAACCCACAUCUACUAAUGAUCCACCAAGAGAGACUGUUUUAUGCCAUACAGAUAAUACAUGUGCUGAGACUACAGUAAAGUCUUCAGCCGGAUUAGUUUCACCUUCUUUCCCAGCUCUCUUCACUGCUGCCUCAAGCCAACCACAGCCCACUCUUGCAUCAUUUGCUUUACAGGCUGCACCACAGGUCUUGACUCAGGAAAAUCUAGCUACACUUUUCACAGGAGUCAUGACUCCAACAGGAGCAGUUACUCAACCUCUUCUUAUCCCCAUCAGUAUUCCUGGACAAGUGGCUGGCCAACAGGGCCUGGCUGUAUGGAAUUUUCCCACUGCUACACUAGCUACUCUUCCUGGAUUAGCAGCUGCGCCCCCUGCUGGAGGACUCUUCAAAUUGCCUUUAACUAACCUACAAGCAGCUUCGGUUUUGAACACUGCCCUACAGACUCCUGUACAGGCAGCACAAGCCAUUCAAGCGGUUUACCAGGCACAGCCAGCCGUUCAGGCUCAAGCUGCCCUUCAAGCAGCUGUCCAGCCACAGACUGCUCUGCAGGCUACCCCAGCUCUACAGACACAAACAGCCCUGUUGUCAAAUACAGUAUCAAAAGCAGAACCUCAGCCACAGCUCACUGUCCAGCCAGCAAGCUUUACCUUCAACCCAGCCAUUAUUAGUGCUGCAACUCUAGGGGGUCAACCUCAGUUGCUGAGCUCGCUUGCUGCAACCCCUAUUUUUCCCAAUGCUAUUCCUGGACUACAGGGCAUCGGAAGUCAGAUAAUAACCAAUGCACAGGGUCAGGUGAUUGGCACUCUGCCAUGGUUUCUGAACACUCCAGGGAUCACAGCAGGGGCUGCUGCCGCUGCUGUCACGGCUCCAAAUGUGGUCCAGGCAGUGACACCUCAACUGCUGCUGAAUGCCCAAGGACAAAUUAUUGGCACUCUGGCUAGCAGUACUAUCCAGCCAGCAGCUAUAAGAAAGCAAGCUUCACAGGAAAGUCCAGCUAAGACAGAUCAGCAGCUUCAGCCAACGCAGCAAAUCCAGCCUGCUCCUUCUAUUACGCAGCCUUCUGUGGUUGUAGCGAAUCCAGCUCCAGCCAAUACACCAGCAACUCCCCAAGUCCAUGUCAGCUCUUCUGAGCCCCCAACAGUGGGCCAGCUGGUGUCAAAGUCACACUCUGGAGGUUAUGAUGAAGACGGUAUAAAUCUAGAAGAGAUACGUGAAUUUGCCAAGGACUUUAAAAUUCGCCGCUUAUCUCUUGGUCUGACUCAAACACAAGUGGGCCAAGCAUUGACUGCCACAGAAGGACCAGCGUAUAGCCAGUCUGCCAUCUGCAGGUUUGAGAAGCUAGACAUAACACCAAAAAGUGCCCAGAAGUUGAAACCAGUUUUGGAGAAAUGGCUGAAUGAAGCAGAAAUGAGGAAUCAAGAAGGACAACAAAAUCUGAUGGAGUUUGUGGGUGGUGAGCCAUCCAAAAAACGCAAGAGGCGUACCUCUUUUACUCCACAGGCUGUGGAAUUGCUAAAUACAUACUUUGAGAAGAAUGCCUUGCCCACUGGACAAGAAAUAACAGAUAUUGCUAAGGAACUGAACUAUGACCGUGAAGUGGUGAGGGUGUGGUUCUGCAACCGACGUCAGACUCUGAAAAACACCAGCAAGCUUAAUGUCUUUCAGAUCCCUUAGAGAAUGAAAUGCAUUCUCUUUACCAUCACUAGGCACUAAGCACUUCAUCUUCUCCCUAUGUGCCAGUUCCCUGAGACAUUCACUUGUAAAAGCACUUUGUGGCUAAAUUUUUGCUUUAUGCAUACUGUGGCCAACUAUUCCUUGUACAUGAUCCCUCUCCUCAUAGUUUUUUUAUAUGAAAGAAGUCUGCUGGGGCAAAAAGUAAAUAGCCAUCUCUGCUGGAUGACUCUGGUAAUUUUGUUCCUCAUAUUUUGCAUACAUUGAUUGUCUAUAGAGCCAAAUCGAUUUCCCUCUGUGGUGGGAAAUACAUUGUAGACAUUAUGGUUCAAAAGACAUUUUAGGUUGAAAAAUGACAGUAACUGUUGUCAGAAGGCAUUUAUGUGAAGUACCACCUCCAACUAAAGUGGUAUGUAUCUGUCAGAGUCCAUAGAAACCAGCAAACCUUUGUUAUGCCAUAUAAGCCCCAUUCAAUAUUUCACAUUUUAAUCCACAUUUCUAUAACUUAUUGUAGGAAUCUGACAGUGCAUUGUUCACAUCUUACUGCAUAUUUGCCUGGAGGUUUUUUUUUUUUUACAUUAUUACCUCCCCUAUUUUACAUGAAUAACAUUGGGAGGUUACAUCAGAUACAUUUUGUAUUGCUGUUAUACAUUUGAUUGAGUUUUUUUUGCAGUUGGUGCUUGUAUGCUAACCUAUUACAAUUUUUGAUGGUAUGGUAUAUGUUAUAGUAUUCCUUAUGCAGUGUAAGGCAGUUUUCCAAAAGUAGUGUUAAGUCAUUUUAUUUAUUAUUGAAAUCCGGCAUUUCUUUCACAAAAAUGCUAGGAUGAUAUUGUUUUCAAAUGCUAUGAUUUAUUAAUGUUUACAAAGUUGUGGAUAUUGUCUUAUCCAAAUUAUUUUGAUUGUUAAACAGUAAUCCCUUGAAUGUUAAAACAGAACUCGAAACAAACAGGUAAACACAAAGUUAGAAUGCAUUCGAACCAUAUUACCUGACCGACCAAAAAUAUUAUUUUGUUCAGAAAGUCUUGUGAUUCUGCAACACCAUAUAGCCAUAAAGAGACACUACAAUUCAGAACUUGCA